UCCUUCUGCUCCCAGCAUCGAGCUCCAGUCCCCUGUUCCUCCUGACAUCUGAGAGGCUCUGCUGCAGCUUAUCCUGGGCUAACUGUUUAUCCUGCACAGCCUGACAACGGGCCACAUGCUCCGGAUUAUCUCAGGACACCCAUUUCAAAACACACUUUGCUUUCUGCUCUGAGUCGACCAUCUGAACUUUUUAACUGAGGGAAAGAGUUCUGGGAUAGUCAAAGGGAAAAGAAGCAUCCUGGAUAUGUGCUUGUGAUCUUUUUGUUUUUGCUUGAUUUAGUAACUACAGCAUUUUAAACUUGCCCUUCUCGCCUCUCCUGGAGGGUCGUGUGUGUUUGCACGCGAUGGAUCACACACUUUUUGGCUGCCUGCGGAGCCCCCACGCCCCGGCUCAGGCCCUGCAUCCCGCCUUCACCCAGUCUCCCCUGACCCUGCACGGACGCUCGGACCACGUUUCCUACCCUGACCUGGCCUCUUCGUCGUCCUCCUCCUCCACCUCCUCACCGUCGCCCUGCAUCAUCUCCAGCUACCCGGUCGAUGACGGCCUGUUCCCCGGGCAGCACCACCACCACCACCACCCCCACCGCGGCCACCUGCCCUCCCAGCAGCAUCACCAUCCGCCUCAGCACCACGCAUCCUGGCAUAUCCCACAGAUGCCGUCACCUGGCGGUAACACGCGCCACAACCUUUGCCACCCGCACUCCCACUCAGCCCACGACAACGGGCCCACACCCCCGGACCUGGGCCACCCCGGUGGGCCCAGUAUGUGCGCCAGCACCCCGAGUCUGGGCAGCGGCAGCACCCCUACAGGGGCCUCCUGCGUGGCUGCAGACUUUGGCAGACAGACUCUGUCACCUGCUGAGGCCGAGAAGAGGAACAGCAAGAGGAAAAGUGACAGUUCAGAGUCCCAGGAUGGGAAUUACAAGUCAGACGUGAGCAGCAAACCCAGGAAGGAGAGGACGGCGUUCACCAAGGAACAGAUCCGAGAGCUGGAGGCCGAGUUUGCCCACCACAACUACCUAACCAGGCUAAGGCGCUACGAGAUCGCCGUGAACCUCGACCUCACUGAAAGACAAGUGAAGGUGUGGUUCCAGAACAGGAGGAUGAAGUGGAAAAGGGUGAAAGGCGGCCAGCAGGGGGCAGCAGCUCGAGAGAAAGAACUGGUGAAUGUGAAAAAGGGGACGUUGCUGCCGUCAGAGUUCUCUGGCAUCGCAGCGCUCCACCACUCGACGGACUCCUUAGCCAAUGAGGACAGUCACGACAGCGACCAGAGCUCCGAGCACGCUCACUUAUGAUGCACACACUCCCGUCCCUGCCCUCUCAGAGUAUAGGCCCUGCCUCUGCCUCAGGAUUGUCCUUAGAAGGACUGCUGUUUGCUGAUUCGCCAUCGUCAUACAACGAUGCUAAACAAGUGUACAAAUGUACAGAGGAAUGACGUGUGUAACAUAAUGCAGUCAUCAUGCAGGCAAAAGGAAAUUUCAAGAAGUGAGCACAUAAAACGAGGAUGCUAACAUAUUUCAACGUGCCAUUGGUUAAAACCUUCCUUGAUAAAUGCCAAAAAAAAGGAAUAAGACAAAAAUUGAAAUGUGGUGUUUUGGCUACACAGAUUCACUGAACAUUGCAUAACAUUUUGGAAAUCAUAUUUAGUGAAACUGUUGUAAACAUUCCAUGUUGUGUGUCUUAAGAGAAGCAGGCUUAGGCUUUGAUUUGCACUGCUGAACAUACAGUCUGCACUCCAGUCAGUUUAUACUGUAUAAAAUGUAAAUUACGAUGUAAUUGAGUUAUUGAUCAAAUCACGUGCCAGGAAAUCUAAUUUGCCUAGCUAAUAUAAAUGAUCUGUAAAUAAUUCUCAGUAUUGUCUUACCUUAACAAUAAUUUUAUACCCACACUAUCCAGCUCACACGCUAAUAAACACAGACAGUUCUUUGGUCAACACUUUUCUGCCUGGAGAUGACAUUUUGUAAACAAAUCUGAAACCUGAAAUAAGUAUUUUAUUAAAUCCUUUCAGGGAGAGUUGCAGAUCGA